AUGGCAGGUCCCAUCACACCAGCGCUCGGCAACAAUUCAGCAUUCUACGCACAGAACAGCCGCCAACUGGGUUCCGCAUCGUCGACGACAUCUGGCACAGCCACUCCUACGCCCAGCUCCUACUUGAUGCCCACCAGCCCUGCCAAGAACAGGCGUGCUCCGGAUGGCCAGAAGCCCCGAAUCUCCAAAACCACCGGCCAAAAACCUGCCUGCCUGGUCAACGCUUCCGUAACGUUCUGUGGCGAUGACAAGAUCUAUGCCUUCGGUGGCUUCGAUCAGUUUACUGAUGAAGUCUAUAACCAUGUACUACGCCUCGACCUCAAAAGCCUUAACUGGCAACUAGUUGACAAUUAUGGCGACAUACCUGGAGUGCGAAUGGGCCAUUCAGCUUCACUCUACCAAGGUGACAAGUUGCUAGUCUAUGGCGGUGAGAACGAACACCGAGAAUAUCUCUCUGACGUGGUCAUCCUCGAUCUAAAGACCCACACCUGGGCCCAGCCUGAUGUUCAAGGUCCCAUUCCCAAAGGCCGUGCCCGACAUGCCGCAGUUGUCUACGAAGACAAGUUGUUCAUCAUUGGUGGACUGACUGGGGAGACAAAUUACAUCCUCGAUGAUAUUUGCUAUCUGGACCUGAAGACCAUGACCUGGUCCAGAACUUGGAGCUUCGUACAGCGUUUUGACCACUCCGCAUGGAUAUGGGGAGGUCGCUUGUGGGUCCUUGGAGGACUUGGCCAUGAGAUGGAGCGGUCCACCGAGAUCUGGUGGCUUGACCUGAAAGGUUCCGCAACGCUGUCCAGUUCUACCCGCCGGUACCCGUCAAUGGGCCGUGUGCCUAGCUCAAGACACGAUACGUUUCCAGCUCGCCACGACCGACACGAUACUUACACAGCCAACUCCACAAGCCUCCACAUCCGGUCCUCUAGAAGAGAGAAACCGAACGCACCAGGCGCCAUCUCCUCACUGAAAUUCCUAUCAGGCCCCAAUGUUCCGUUGCAAUCGACCGGCACUCACUUUCACGUUUGCUCUUCCGGCGCCUUGCUCGACUUCGUCACGCCUACGACAACAAUCAGACCUAACGAAUGCAAUCUGUCCUCGCUCGAGUUAGACUCCUUGCGCUGGCAGCGCAUCGUCGAAGGCCCAGAAAUAUUCAGUCCCGGAUAUAAGUGGCACUAUUGCUGCAUCAACGAGGACGGAACAAAGGUGUGGCUACUAGGAUCCCCAACCGAGGAUGCUGCAAAUCCGAAUCAAGAGCUUCAACUGAGUGAAGUUCUUUCGAUCGAUUUGAAGCGAUACGGUCUCCUUGGCAAUGAUCUGAUCAGCCCCAACUCAGAGCAAACUCGUAUCCUGGCAACCGAACAACAAAGCACCAUCCCCAAUACUGUUGGUCUUGGUGCGGAUAUGGCGUCAAUGUUUGAUCUGUCGCCGGAAUCGAACGGCAUGACUGAUUUCACCAUCACCGCGAGUACUGACGGUUAUGAAGAUGACGAUAUGUCUGCCGAUGGUGAUAUUGCGCAAGCCUCCGCUCGCUUCUCUGCAAACACAACAGGCAGCCAGAUGUUUGUUUCCGAGGGCUCCAACACGUCGACUCCUAUCUAUGUCCACAAAAUCAUCUUGCAUGCCCGGUGGCCUCAUUUCAGACGCUUGUACGCCUCCAAGAUGGUUGAAUAUCAGACCUCGCGUCUCCAUAUCCCUGAGCCGUAUUCAGUCGUCCGCGCAUUUCUUUACUACCUCUACACCGAUUCAAUCGCCCCAUCCGAGUACUGUAGAGAUCUGACCGACGUUGCCGGCAUGCUCGUUAUGGCCAAUCUCUACGACAUGCCCAAGCUUCGGCUGCUUUGUGUCAACCGCCUCUCGCGCGAAAUUGACAUUGAUCACGCUGCUGUCAUCUGGGAACGUGCAGGUCGCACAGAUGAAGAAUGGCUCAAGGCCCGAGCGGCAAGAUUCUGUAUGAUGAACUGGGGCAGGCUUGUAAGGACUGAGGGCUUCCGCAGUCUAAGCCGGACAAGCCUAAUGGAACUAUGUGAGGUCGUUGAUAUGGAAGGGCGAGUGGUUGGUGGAGAUGAGCUCGAUGACACCACCUUCGCUGCUAGCAGAUCUGCGGCACGGAGGAGAAGUGAGCUGGAGAGUGAAGGUGAUGACCUCGAUGAUGAUGGUGAGGGCAUGGAUAUCGCCUAA